AUGUCUCACCAUUGCUAUCUUUUGCCUGGUUUCUCUUCCUCGCAAGUCUUUUUGACUGAAAAGGAGAAGGAGUACGCGCAGCCAGUGCUCGAUUUCCAGCGAGACGCAAAACGGGCCCGUACCAACCCAACCCAAGACCAAAGAUUGACUGAAGUGCAGGUUCUUCAAGCACAGCGUCAACGAUGGAAUACGGCCGUGGCUUCUGCUCUCGCAGUGAUGACAAUUUUUGAUGAUACAGAAAAACGCCUUGUUGAAGCCAUCGUUCUGAUGCUUCUACAGCGUUCAAUGGAAGACCGAAAGGGCGCAUCCAAGUUGUUGCAAGGUCGGAUCGUCGAAAAGGAGGCCAACCGACAAGACCGUAUCACCAAAGCCAACACCAUCAAGACAGCUGUGUUGGCAGCCAUCGAUGCAGAAAUUGCCGCCAAUCAAAAGAGUGUCAACGACACACAAACUCUCAUUGACAAUGCUGGUGACGCUUUGGUUGUGGGUGUGGUGUGGGACACGAAGCGGUCCUUGGAGCGUCGUGCUACCGAGCUUGUUGCGGAGAGAGCAGAAAGUACCCGGAAAUGUGAUGCAGCAAUCGCAACAGCACAAAUCGAAGCCAACCGGGUCGCUGCUACCAUCACCAACUUGCGAAAGGAAAAGAGGACUGUGGAUGCGGAUGUCAAAGCCAUCAAGAACAACCUCACAAUCCUCAGCGAACUUGAUGUGGCGCAUGAUAAGGCUGAGAAGUAUAUUACGGUGGUCUUGACUUUCAAUCGCUCCGCAAACCGGGCAAUGGAUUCACUGGAGGAGCUAGAGGACGCCUUGAAACAGGAUUUAGAUUGUUGGAACGGUAUGUGGAGUGGAAGACAAUGUGACUAG